UAAUUGCUCGGUAUUAGUAACUGUACACUCAUUAUUUAUAAAUAUAAAAAAAGGGAUUGUCUUAACUAUGUUUGGUGGUUACAGAGCUGCAUGUGGAUUGGAAUAAUUUAAAGACUGUACUGAUGAUAAAUAAAGCUAGCUAACUGUGUGUGUUUCAGCUUCGUUUUAACUUCUUCUGGAGAGAUGUCAAGCUUAUUGAAGCAAUGAAAGCCAUUAAAUAAAUGACUGGGUGGAGCGCCAACAUGCAGAGUUUGGUGGUGCAGUCCCUUGUGAUGAGGCAACUCGGCAGAUUGAACCCGCGCCACCUGCUGGCAGCCAGAUAUGGACCCAGCCAGACUGAAUGGUGCCCCAGGGCCAUCCACACACGGCAGGUGUGGGGCUGCUCAGCUUUCCCUGCUCUUGGCUGUCACAGACCUUUCUGUGGCAGGGAUUCUGUCAGAGGUUGGUCUGUCCAUCAUUUGAGGUUGAAAAGCAACAGGAAGAAAAGUGCUGCCCGGGCUGCUCAGGAGGAUGAGGAGGAAGAUGAGGAUGAAAAAGACCCUGAGGACAGUGAUUAUGAGGAUGAGGUCACUGAGGACCCAAAUGUCCCUAAAGACUAUAGAGACUUGGAGAAAUAUGUGCAGACAUUUCGCUUCGAUGUCAUCAUGAAGGCUGGUCUAAAUCUGGCACGCAAUAAAAUUGAGGACGCCUACUAUCACAACAAGCUCAUGUUAAAUGGACAGAAGCUAGUUAAGAAAAGUAAAACGGUGAAAGUUGGAGACCAAUUGGACCUGGUGCUGUCGGAGAACCGAGAAACGAACACUGUCACUCUCAUGAGAGUCAUCCUCCUCAAGGUUUUAGUUGAAACUAGUAAGACAGAAAAGCAAAAAGUUUCCCUAAGGCGCUGGAUAAAUUUAGAGCUUCCCAAGGAUGAGGCCAUUAAGCCUUAAACUUGGAACUGGACAGUAUUGACUGUGAUACCAUUUGUAAGGGAAGGGGACAACAUCUGUCUGCAGAGUCUGAAUAAUAAUAGAUAACGACGUAUUUCCUAACAUUGUCAGUGGAUAUAGAUUGUAGACAUUUAAGGGGAAUUUGAAACAAGGACUACAUUUUUGUCUUUGUCUAAAGAUUUGUCUUUUUUUGUGACAAAAUAAUUCACUAGCUCAAGACAUUUUGAAAUUGCCAAACUAUGGGCAAGAGAGAUGGGCUAUACUGUCUGGAACAAAUCUAUUCAAGGCAAAUGCACCCAAUCACAGUGCAAUAAGUAAAACAUCUGUUUUUUCCACUGACAGGCUUAUACUGCCAUUUGUCUUUUAUUUUAAGAUUUGAUAGUUUAUUCUAACAGUUGAUAACACAGCUCACCUCAGAACUUACAGUGCAGCUGUCUCUACCUGUUAGUUUGUUCAGGUUAUGUUGUGCUGAAUACGAGCUAUCCUUAAAACAAAAAAAGUCACAACAAUACAAACAAACGUGGUGAAGGCUGUAUUGUGAAUGGCUAAAUUGCUGUUUGGUGGUUUUGAAGGGAGCUUCUGUAUUUCUGGAAUAAAGUGGUAUUGUACCUUUGCAUAAAGGUU